AUGGGACAAGGAGAUACAGUAGCAUGCGACUGUCCUCUACAUGAGAGCUUCGUGGCGCCUCCGCGAUAUGUCAGCGGCUAUGGGGUGCGUCUGGUGCGCAAUGGGGAGAAGCCUAAGAAAUGGUUGAAGGAAGCCAAGAACUCGCAUGCUGCUGCCUCUACAAUUGCUGAUGCCUCCACUCCAACUGCUGCUGCUACCGCCACCACUUCGAACACCACCUGUACUGCUCAAACUCAACAAGCACCCAAGAAGAUCGGCGGGCUUGAUUCCUACACAACCCCAUACAUCCCCCCGGCUCAGGCUGCAGACGACGUCUUCGAUUCCAUGGGUCCUCCGCUCUGCAAACCUAAGGCACGCAUCACGUUGAACAUCGAGAAGACCGCCGCCGCGACGACCAAGCGCGUGAAGCUUAAGAAUAAACACACAACCAGACGCAAGAGGCAAGCGACGAAUGUAGUGGUUCACGACGGAUUCUCCCAGCUCCUCGCUGCCGAGACGGAGGAAACGAUGGACGUUGACAACUAG